AUGCAGGCCACGUGCACCACCCGCACCUUGGCGUCCAGCGCCCAGCCCGUCGUGGCGUCGGCUGCCAAUGGGCGGCCACCCCGCCCCUCCUACGCCGCACGCCGCUCCAGCGUGAGCAGCUCCGCCAUGGCUGGCAGCAUGAGCCUGGGCAGCUCCACCUGGACCGAUGUGCCCUCCACCUACACCAUGGCCGACUCGCCCGAUGCGCUCAAGGACUUUGCCACUCUGCAGGCGAUGAUGGAUGAGAUCCAGAAGAACAUUGUGGCCCGCCAGGACAAGAUCAGCCUGCUCAGCGAGGAGGUCAAGCUGCUGCGCGGGCGCAUGGGCCUGGCGGAGAGCCGCAUGGGCGGCCGCGACUGGGCGCUGCCCGCCGCCUCGGCCGCCGGCAGCAGCCAGCAGGCCAGCCUGAUCCUGUCUCAGCUGCAGGGCGGCGCGGGCGUGGGCGCCGACGCCUCCUUCCUCGAGUCCCUGCUCAGCGACAAGGCGCUGCAGAGCUCCACCGCCUCAUAUGCGCUGGCCGUGGCCGCCAUCAUCUUCACCGGGGGGGUGGCGGCGCCCGUGGUGGAGGAGAAGCUGGGCCUGGGGGCCGCCGCCUACUACGACUACGUCGCCUCCCAGGACCUGCCCGUCACCCUGGCUGAGGUGGACCCCAUCACAUCGGCGGUGGCGGGCGGCGCGGUGGGCGUGCUGACCGCGCAGCUGCUGGAGGAGGCCAAGGCCCGGCAGCGGCGGUCGGCGUGA